GUCCUUCUGAUUUACAAAACGUUAAUAUAUACACCCGUAUGGCAGAUUUCAAACCCUUGGACUUAUUACCAGAUUUGAAAGUUUGUGGUAUUCAAAACAACGAUCGAAUCGUUGGAGGAACUCAGACAGAACUAGACGAACAUCCUUGGAUGGCGUUGCUUCGUUAUGAUAAACCUAAAGGAAGUGGGUUUUACUGUGGCGGAGUAUUGAUUUCUUCGAGAUAUGUUUUGACUGCUGCGCACUGCGUUAAAGGAGCUGAUCUUCCAAAGACCUGGAAACUAUCUCAAGUUAGACUUGGAGAGUGGAAUGUGACAAGUAAAAAAGAUUGCGUCCAUGACGACUGCAGCCCAAAACCCCUCGAUGUGCCCAUAGAAGAGAUAAUUGCACAUGAAAGUUACGAUCCCACUGAUGGUCACCAGCAAAAUGAUAUUGCGCUGUUAAGAUUGGCUCAGGCUAUAACAUUCAACGAUUUCGUUAAACCAAUAUGUCUCCCUUAUACUGAAGAAUUACGUAAAAAUUCAUUUGAUGGCUAUACAAUGGAGGUAGCAGGAUGGGGAAAAACAGAAACAAGGUCAAGUUCGGACGUGAAGUUGAAAGUUCGUGUACCAGUAAUAAAAAACCAACCAUGCAAUGAUAUUUACAAAAGAGCAGGACGGGCGAUCACAGAGAAACAACUUUGCGCUGGCGGCUUGCAAGGCGAAGACUCUUGUAGGGGAGACUCAGGCGGACCACUCAUGGGCCAGGUGUCUACAAUGGAAAAUUGGAUGGCCAUAGGUGUCGUGUCCUAUGGACCCUCACCAUGCGGAACGCCCGGUUGGCCCGGCGUCUACUCCCGCGUUACUGCCUUUAUUGACUGGAUUUUUGCCAAUAUAGCACCGUAAUAAUAUAUAGAAAACAUUCGGAAUAUAAAUCUGUCAGAUUGCCGAUAGACUAAACCAUUGAAUAAAUAACUAAUUUUAGGAAAAAGCCUAUUAAUAAGUUUGUAUGUUUUAAGUUUUGUAUUGUUAGGGGAUAUCCAUUAAUUACGUGAGUUCAGAUUGGGGGGCGAGGGGUCCAAUGAAAUCUCACCAAAUCUCAUUUAGACCGAGGAGUGGAUAACCGAAAAUCUCACGUCAACUUCAAAAAAUAUAAAAAUUACAGAUGUUAAAACAAUUAUUUUGAGUGUUCAUUUUGCCCGCUAAAAUAAAUCUAAUGAUUAUUAAAAUCAUUUAGAUUUGCUUUCAAUUUUAUUUUAUUUAAAUAAAAUAACUAUAGUAUACUUGGAUAGUUUAUUAUUUCCCGUCAACCUCUAUUAUAUUCAGUGUCAAUCUCAAGUAAGGGGGGGGUCCAAGAUAUCUCACUAAAUCUCACCUAAGGGAGGGAGGAGUCUAAACUUGUCGAAAAAUAGCAGCUCGCGUAAUUAAUGGAUGCCUCCUUGCUACGUGAGACAAUAUCAGAAAUAAUCGAUGCUAAUUAAUAAGAAUGCUAAUUAAUAAGAAUGUGUGUAUAUAUGUUUAUUUUAAACGCCAUAUUGUGGUGUUUUGAAAAUUUUGAAUGGCAAUUUUGUCUUUUGUGAAAAUAUUCAGAAAUUUUCGAAAAAAACAUCUUAAAAUACUCACAACGAAGUGCCAUGACAUGUAUUAAUAUAUUUAAUACAAAGAUCUGAAUUUAAAUAAACUUUUUAUUUAA